AUCCCCUACCAGCCAACCAUCACGAGCAGCACGGGGGAGGACGGACAUUGGAGAACAGAGGCCAUUGGUAGCGUCGCGAGCGGCAGCAGAGGCCUCACCUGACGCCCCCAUCCGCCAUGGCAUUCACGCCCGCCACGGCCUGCUGCAAUCCCUCCCUGCUGCUGGCGCCCCGGCGGGCAUCGUCGUCGCGCGGCUCGCCGGCCCGCGCGCAGGCGCUCCUCUGCACGCCCUCCACCUCCGCGUUCCGCGGCCUCCGGGGGGCCACGUCCGCCGCGCCGGCCCCGCGGUGGCGCCGCGCGGCGUCGUCCACGGCCAUCGUAUGCGGCAAGGUGACCAAGGGCAGCGUGCCGCCCAACUUCACCCUCAAGGACCAGAACGGCAAGCCCGUGUCGCUGAACAAGUUCAAGGGCAAGCCGGUCGUCGUCUACUUCUACCCCGCCGACGAGACGCCCGGAUGCACCAAGCAGGCGUGCGCGUUCCGUGACUCGUACGAGAAGUACAAGAAGGCGGGGGCGGAGGUGAUCGGCAUCAGCGGCGACGACCCGGCGUCGCACAAGGCGUUCGCGCAGAAGUACCGGCUGCCGUUCACGCUGCUGGCCGACGAGGGGAACCGCGUGCGCAAGGAGUGGGGCGUACCGGGGGACCUCUUCGGGACGCUGCCCGGGCGGCAGACCUACGUGCUCGACAAGAACGGCGUCGUCCAGUACAUCUACAACAACCAGUUCCAGCCCGAGAAGCACAUUGGCGAGACCCUCAAGAUCCUGCAGAGCCUCUGAAAGUCUUAGCUUCGCGGCCGGCCGGCCGGCCGGCGGCGGCGGCACGGUUCUUGGGCAUUGCUCUCUCUGCAUCCAUCAUUGUUGUAAACGUAGCGAGACCAUAUCUAUAUGAAGAGCUGGCUUCUUCAGUCUAUCAGGCUCGGCCCGUUUGACAGGCCAGUCUGUUCGUGUUUGCUCUGUGCAGUCUCAGACGUUCGUUGUAGUAGUUCAUCUCAGUGAAUUCAAAUAUUCUGUAUGUGCAUGCAUCACAUGUGCAAUUUCA